AUGAGGAAUCUCCUGCUCGCCCUGCUGCUGGCUUACGGUGAGUCGCAGGAGGCGGCGGCGGAGUCGCUGAGCACCCUGCAGCUGAAGGAGGAGAAGGCCAAGCCCGACGCCAAUGGUGCCGUGCUGAAGGCGGACGACAACGUGGAGAGGACGGAAGAUGAGGAGAAAGAGGACCGAGCUGCCCAGUCCCUGCUGAACAAGCUGAUCCGCAGCAACCUGGUGGACACCACCAACCAGGUGGAGGUGCUGCAGAGGGACCCCAACUCACCGCUCUACUCCGUCAAGUCCUUCGAGGAGCUGCACCUGAAACCACAGCUCCUGCAAGGAGUCUAUGCCAUGGGCUUCAACAGACCAUCAAAGAUACAGGAGAACGCCCUGCCCAUGAUGCUUGCUGAACCCAGCCCGCAGAACCUGAUUGCACAGUCUCAGUCUGGGACUGGCAAGACAGCAGCCUUCGUCCUCGCCAUGCUCAGCCGUGUUGAACCUGGGAAUAAGUACCCACAGUGCCUGUGCCUUUCCCCGACAUACGAGCUGGCACUUCAGACAGGAAAAGUGAUUGAACAGAUGGGGAAGUUUUACCCGGAGCUGAAGCUUGCAUAUGCUGUCCGAGGCAAUAAAUUGGAGAGAGGUCAGAAGAUCUCAGAACAGAUUGUAAUUGGCACACCUGGCACUGUGCUGGACUGGUGCUCCAAGCUGAAGUUCAUAGAUCCCAAGAAAAUCAAAGUGUUUGUCUUGGACGAGGCUGACGUGAUGAUAGCAACCCAGGGCCAUCAGGAUCAGAGCAUCCGCAUUCAGAGAAUGCUCCCCAGGGACUGCCAGAUGCUUCUGUUCUCAGCCACUUUUGAGGAUUCUGUGUGGAAAUUUGCUCAAAAAGUUGUUCCUGACCCAAACAUUAUCAAGCUGAAGAGAGAGGAGGAGACGCUGGACACUAUUAAGCAGUAUUACGUUCUGUGCAAUAGCAGAGAUGAGAAGUUCCGUGCUCUCUGUAAUAUCUAUGGUGCUAUCACCAUUGCCCAGGCCAUGGUCUUCUGCCACACCCGGAAGACAGCUGGCUGGCUGGCAGCAGAGCUCUCGAAGGAAGGCCACCAGGUGGCUCUGCUCAGCGGGGAAAUGAUGGUGGAACAGAGAGCUGCUGUGAUAGAGCGCUUCCGAGAGGGCAAGGAAAAGGUGCUGGUGACCACCAACGUCUGUGCCAGAGGGAUCGAUGUGGAGCAGGUCUCUGUUGUUAUCAAUUUUGACCUUCCUGUGGACAAGGAUGGAAAUCCAGAUAACGAGACCUACCUGCACCGCAUCGGGCGCACGGGUCGCUUCGGCAAGCGAGGGCUGGCGAUCAACAUGGUGGACAGCAAGCACAGCAUGAAUAUCCUCAACAGGAUCCAGGAACACUUCAGCAAAAAGAUCAACAGAUUGGAUACUGACGACUUGGAUGAAAUUGAGAAGAUAACUAACUGAAGGACAGCUGCUGGAACCGGUGCGUACCCUGCUGUGGAAGCUCUCCCACUCCAAUUGGAUCAGAUUGGCCCGCCUCUCAGCUCGUCCCGAAGAGGACUCCUAAGAUACGAGUACACAAAAAUUACCUCAUUUUAAAAAUUGCAGUUGGACUUUCAAAUGUGCAACUAAGGGGGGAGGAAGAGGAAAUGUUUACAGAAGCUUUUAACAUUUCUUAGUCUAGCCUUAAAAUGGGAAGAUCUUUUGAAUGCUAAGAAGUAAACUUGCCACGAGUGGGCAAUGUGUAAUUACUGAAAACUUAUCUGGGAGAAGAAGAAGAGAAAAAA